GGUUUUUCCGGAGAAUCCCGUCACCAGCUCGCCUCCCCAGUACCACGGCGCGGUGUGCGGCUCCAAACGGAUUUUGCUUUGUUUUUUACGAUUUCCCCCCAACGAAUCACUUGUCAGAUCAAUUUUAUCUUCUCCCUCCUCCCUCUUUCCCACUUUCCCCUCCUCCCUUUUCGGAAACCCCGUUCUCUGAGGUUAGACAUUUUACAAACCAUAUAUGUUGUUUUUCGAAUUGUGAUUUUUCUUUUUAGCCACCCCCCUCCUCCCAUGGCUACUCUUCUAGACGUUUUUUCCUGCCCUUCCCCCGCUUAGGGGGGCGGGGGUAGGGGAAGAGAAAAUAAUACAAUUUCAGGGGAAGUCGCCUUCAGGUCUGCUGCUGGUUUUUUUUUAUUUUUUAUUUUUUUUGUAAUAAAAAAAAAGGACAUAGAAAACAUCAGUCUAGAACUUCUCUUCAAGAAACCAGGCUGCAAAGGAAAUCUCCUUUGUUUUUCUUAUUUAUAUGCUGUCAAGUUUUGAAGUGGUGAUCUUUAGACAGUGACUGAGUAUGGAUCAUUUGAACGAGGCAACUCAGGGGAAAGAACAUUCAGAAAUGUCUAACAAUGUGACUGAUCCGAAGGGCCCACCAGCCAAGAUUGCCCGCCUGGAGCAGAACGGGAGCCCGCUAGGAAGAGGAAGGCUUGGGAGUACAGGUGCAAAAAUGCAGGGAGUGCCUUUAAAACACUCGGGCCAUCUGAUGAAAACCAACCUCAGAAAAGGAACCAUGCUUCCAGUUUUCUGUGUAGUAGAACAUUAUGAAAACGCCAUUGAAUAUGAUUGCAAGGAGGAGCAUGCGGAAUUUGUGUUGGUGAGAAAGGACAUGCUUUUCAACCAGCUGAUAGAAAUGGCAUUGCUGUCUCUAGGUUAUUCGCAUAGCUCUGCUGCCCAGGCCAAAGGGCUCAUCCAGGUUGGAAAGUGGAAUCCGGUUCCACUGUCUUAUGUGACAGACGCCCCUGAUGCGACAGUGGCAGAUAUGCUUCAAGACGUGUAUCAUGUGGUCACGUUGAAAAUUCAGUUACACAGUUGCCCCAAACUAGAAGACUUGCCUCCUGAACAAUGGUCGCACACCACAGUAAGGAAUGCUCUGAAGGACUUACUGAAAGAUAUGAAUCAGAGUUCGUUGGCCAAGGAGUGUCCCCUUUCACAGAGUAUGAUUUCGUCCAUUGUGAACAGUACGUACUAUGCAAAUGUCUCAGCAGCAAAAUGUCAAGAAUUUGGAAGGUGGUACAAACAUUUCAAGAAGACAAAAGAUAUGAUGGUUCAUGGAAUUGUUCAGAAGAGGAAAACACACAUGCAGCCUGUCGAAAUGGAUAGUCUUUCUGAACUAUCCCAGCAAGGUGCCAACCACGUGAACUUUGGCCAGCAGCCGGUGCCAGGGAACACAGCCGAGCAGCCUCCGUCCCCCGCGCAGCUUUCGCAUGGCAGCCAACCCUCUGUCCGGACCCCUCUUCCAAACCUGCAUCCUGGGCUUGUUUCCACUCCUAUCAGUCCUCAGUUGGUCAACCAGCAGCUGGUGAUGGCUCAGCUGCUGAACCAGCAGUAUGCAGUGAAUAGACUCCUAGCCCAGCAGUCCUUAAACCAACAAUACUUGAACCACCCUCCCCCUGUCAGUAGAUCCAUGAAUAAGCCUUUAGAACAGCAGGUUUCGACCAACACAGAGGUGUCUUCCGAGAUCUACCAGUGGGUGCGUGAUGAACUGAAACGCGCAGGAAUCUCCCAGGCAGUAUUUGCACGUGUGGCUUUUAACAGAACUCAGGGCUUGCUUUCAGAAAUCCUCCGGAAGGAAGAGGACCCCAAGACUGCAUCCCAGUCUUUGCUGGUUAACCUUCGGGCUAUGCAGAACUUCUUGCAGUUACCGGAAGCUGAAAGAGACCGAAUUUACCAGGAUGAAAGGGAAAGGAGUUUGAACGCAGCCUCUGCCAUGGGUCCUGCCCCUCUGAUAAGCACGCCGCCCAGCCGUCCUCCGCAGGUGAAAACAGCUACUAUUUCUGCGGAGAGGAAUGGGAAGCCAGAGAACAAUACCAUGAACAUUAAUGCUUCCAUUUAUGAUGAGAUUCAGCAGGAAAUGAAGCGUGCUAAAGUGUCCCAAGCACUGUUUGCAAAGGUUGCAGCAACAAAGAGCCAGGGAUGGUUGUGUGAGCUGUUACGCUGGAAAGAAGAUCCUUCUCCAGAAAAUAGGACCCUGUGGGAGAACCUCUCCAUGAUCCGACGGUUCCUCAGUCUUCCUCAGCCAGAACGGGAUGCCAUUUACGAACAGGAGAGCAACGCAGUGCAUCACCAUGGUGACAGGCCUCCCCACAUCAUCCACGUUCCAACAGAGCAGAUUCAGCAGCAGCAGCAGCAGCCACAGCAGCCGGCACCGCCGCCCCCGCAGCCACAGCAGCAGCCCCCAGCAGGCCCCCGGCUCCCACCUCGGCAGCCCACCGUGGCCUCACCUGCCGAGUCGGACGAGGAGAACCGGCAGAAGACACGGCCGCGGACGAAAAUCUCAGUGGAAGCCUUGGGAAUCCUGCAGAGUUUCAUCCAAGACGUAGGCCUGUACCCCGACGAGGAGGCCAUCCAGACCCUGUCUGCCCAGCUCGACCUUCCCAAGUACACCAUCAUCAAGUUCUUUCAGAACCAGCGCUAUUAUCUCAAGCACCAUGGCAAACUGAAGGAUAAUUCCGGUUUAGAGGUGGAUGUGGCAGAAUAUAAAGAUGAGGAAUUGCUUAAGGAUUUAGAAGAGUGUGUCCAAGAUAAAAAUGCUAACACCCUUUUUUCAGUCAAACUAGAAGAUGAGUUGUCGGUGGAAGGAAACACAGACAUUAGUGCUGAUUUAAAAGACUGAGAUUACAGUAUUAUUUUCAUUCAACAACGCCCCCGCUAUUUACUGACAAGAUGAAAAGUCCACCUUGCAUUCUCAGAAAACCUUUGUUGGUCAUUGUUUGCCCAGUGAAUCUUCAGAAACUUGCACAAACAGGAAAGUUGGGACAGGCAUAAUGCAGACUGCACUAAAUGUAUUACAAACUGCUUGGCAGCCCCAGGUGAAGCAUCAAGCAUUGUUUGGUAUGAAAAUCUGUUCACGGAGCACACCACGGUGUGUCCCCGUAAGCAUGAGACCCGCGCUUUUUAUUUUUUAAUUAUUCUGGAGCCUCAAAACAAGCAUUAUAACUUCUGUGGUUAUGCUCUCCUUUCCUUUAAUUAUUUCUGUAACACUCCACACUGAUCUUUGGAAACUUACCCCUUAUUUUGAAAAAAAAAAGGAAAAAAAAAAGAGUUUGUUACUCUAUUGUAUGUUACAGAAGAACUAUAGACUGGAAUGCAGCUGAAAGAUGACAUAUGCCAACAAAUGCCUUGUAUUAUAUGGCACUGCCGUAAUUCAAAUUUGUUUUUAUUUUGGAAAUAAAAGUUCACUGUAAUUUUUUCAUUCACAUUGUUACAUGAUUUUUUUAAAAAAAAAAAACAGAAAAUGUGAAACACAGUUUAGUCCUCAUUAUUUAUUUGUAGAUCCUGCCGCAUCAUGUUGUAAUUAAUUUUUAGAAGUUUCCGUUAAAUGUAAUAUUGCUUCUCUUGUUACCAUACUGAUUCUUUUCUAUUUAUAAAUGUAUUUUGAUGGGCAGUAAAACAAAGUGUCUUAAAAGUUUUAAAUAGAGAAAAUGUGCUUUACACAGUUGCCUAUAAAAAGUGCUCUAUGUUAUCCAAGCAGUUCAUACUAUAAGCUUCACUCUUAUUGUUGUAUGCAAUUUUUACUAUCAUGCAAAUAAGCUUAGGUAAAUAAAACUAAUAGAUCACCUUAGAAAAUUAUGCAAUUAAUGUGAAACAAUUGAUGUUUGCAAUGUGUCUUCCUUUGGUUUACAAUCAAUUUUAAAGCUACAUCUGUAUAAAAUUUCUGUAUAAAGGUGUAUUUCUUUUUUAUGAGUUUAUGGCUAUGAAAACACCAGCUAUUUUGUUACAGCUGGCUGUUUUUAUAAGUGUAUCACAAUUUUCUUUAUGCAGAAAUGUUCUGAUUAGGAGUGGUUAUUGACUGUAACUACACAAUUAAAAUUGUUUGUAUGGUAUGA